UUACAACGAGAACCGAUAUUUAUCGAUAAUGCUAUCGGUAGUUUGCCGGCUCAAACACUCUACUUUGCCCGUAAAGACUCAGCUGGAAAGGAUGUUUGCACACAAAUUUGUAAAAAUUCACAAAAAUCUGAAAAUUCUGAAUGAUGCCGGCAUCAUUAAACGUUUCUACAGCAAGAAGAACCUCCUGGCCCUAUCUGAAAGAGGUUUCUUUCAAGAUUUGUUUCCCGAUACUGCAGGGCCUCAAAUGACCAAAAUGUUUGAAAAAUCUCCACAAACUAUUUAUGCAGGCUUCGAUCCGACAGCAGACAGUUUACACAUAGGUAAUUUAUUGGUUAUUAUGGGAUUGCUACACUGCCAAAGGGCCGGACAUCAACCAAUUGCCUUGCUGGGUGGUGCGACCGGUCUGAUUGGAGAUCCCAGUGGUAGAAAAACAGAACGAAGCCAGCUACAAGAGGCUAUAGUGGAAAAUAAUCUAGCAUCGAUAAGACAACAAUUGGAAAAAAUAUUCCAAAAUCACCAAGAUUGCCUUUGGGAUGAUCGGAAAUACAAAACACCGAGAUGCCCCUUAAUUAUAGUGAACAAUGCUGACUGGUAUCGGAACUUAAAUAUCAUAGAUUUCAUAUCGAAUACCGGCAGACAUUUUCGUCUUGGCCAAAUGCUUUCCCGGUCUUCGGUACAAUCACGCCUGGAAACCGAAGGUGGUAUGAGUUUUACAGAGUUUACCUACCAAACAUUUCAAGCCUACGAUUGGUUGCAUUUAUUGAGGACAUAUAAUUGUCGGUUUCAAUUGGGCGGGUCUGAUCAAAUGGGUAAUCUCAUGUCAGGCCAUGAACUCAUUAGUCGAGCCGAAAAGAAAGAUGUAUUUGGCCUAACAUUACCGAUUGUAACAAACGAAGAAGGUGACAAAUUUGGCAAGUCAGCCGGCAAUGCAGUGUGGUUGGAUGAUCGAAAGACAUCCGCAUUUUCAUUGUAUCAAUUCUUUGUGCGACGACCCGACUCCGAAGUAGAAAAGCUAUUGAAAUUGUUCACAUUUAUACCACUGAAUGAAAUUGAGUACCUGAUGCAGGAACACCAAAAAGAACCCGAGAAGAGGAAAGCACAGACUAUGUUGGCAGAAGAUGUGACAUUGUUGGUGCAUGGAGAAAAGGGUUUGAAACAAGCCGAAACAGUGACUAAUGCCCUGUAUCACGGAAAUGUUGAUGGUUUGGCCGAAUUGAAUCCUCAAGAAGUUCAACAGACGUUGAGUGGAGCUACAUUGGUGGACAUUUUAGCAGAACCUGAAAUGACAAUGUUAAAACUGGCUAUGCAAGCUAAAUGCUUUCCAACAGAAUCCGAUGCCACACGGAUAAUAUCUGCUGGCGGAUUCUAUGUCAAUCAAAAGCGUUGUCAAAAUAUAUCCGAAGUGAUCACCAAUGGCGUUCAUGUACUCAAAAAUGGCAUUACUAUCUUGAGAGUGGGAAAACGUAAUUUCUAUGUUGUUCGGUGGCUAAAAUAGUUAAUAAAGUUCAAUGUUGUUUCUUAAA